AUGAAGUACAUAGGUAUGUGCAGCUCCCGAACCCCCGGGAUGUCAACCCCCACCCCCAUCCACGAUGCCGCCGUGGUGUGCCUUAUAGCGCUGGCGGAAUUCUGGGGCCUGGGCGUCCUGGCUCCGGCGGACGCACUCGGCGACGACGCCUCCCGGGACGCAUUCUACCUGGCCGAGGACGGACCGAAUACGGUCGAAAUUCUCGAGGAGGUGGUCGAGGAGUGCCAGGCGCUGGAGAGCAUCCUGGCGGAGCGAAACAGCGUUCGAGACGAAGUCGGCAGCCUCCCGCCGGUGAUGGCGCUGGGGUUUCUCUGCAAACUGGCCGACCUGGCCCAGGAGUGUCGGGAUAAAGGACGCGCCUAUGCGUCCGAAAGGCAAGUCGACACUGAGACCGCGUUCGACACCACGGCCAAGGAUGCCUGGGCGCAGCUGAACGGCCGGUAUCGCUGGUGGGGCCAUGGCCCGCCGCGCGUUCUUCUGGGGAGUGACUUCAUAGCGGUGCAGGAGCGGGUGGAACGCGCUCGCGCCUCACGGGGCACGACACUUGACAACAAAGAGAUCGAAAUCCUGCCCCCCUGGCUACACGAGGAACACUCCAUCGCCUGGAUGCAAGUCCUGCAGAAGGCAAUGCGGGAACUAGCUGGCGAGGUGCUGCCCCUGAUCCGGGGGAUGGUGGCGGCGGUGCGACGGGUCUGGUUCCGCGAGGCCGAUACGCAGUUCGAUCCCCCGCGGCAUCGCCAGUUCGACUACCAGUGUAUGGCGUAUGUCCUCAACCGCGGGCACGACUAUGUGAUUGAGAAGGGGCAGCCACCGCAGCGGCCAAUCUCGCAGUCACUGCAGGCUAGGAACGAGCUGCUCCAGGACGUGCUGGUGCAACGACACUUGAUCGUGAGUAAUCUGGUGCGGCGCAACCGGAUCCUGUACGCACAGGAGGGGCGCGGGCAUGCCGUGUACUCGGCCGAGCAAAUGCGGGCAUUCACGGAGCACGGCGAGGCCUUGCCCGCGCCGCCCGCGGCCGGGUACCUGCGUGGGCUCUACGAGGACCGGCCCGAUGAACUCUGCGUGGAGCAGAUCUCGACACACGGUCUCACCUGUCCGGGCUGCCUGGAAGUCCAGCGUCCGGAGGUGGCCCGGUCGUUCGAGGCCUGGAACGCGCAUAUCGCGGAGGACCUGUGUCCGUACAUCUGUCUCGAUCCCAACUGCCGGGACCCCGUGUUCUCGAGCCCCUCGGCCGACGGUUGCGCCUGGAAAGAGCAUAUGCUCAACAAGCAUUGCUCGAAGCUCUCGGCUUGUCCGUUCUGCAGCUGGCCUCCCAAUCCCGAGGAGGUCGACCCGGAGCACCUGCUGGCGCAUAUCGCGAUUGAGCUGCAGUUCUUCGCCUUGUUGGCGUUGCCUUGGGCGACGCGUGACCUGCAGAAGAAGAAUGCGUUCAAGCAGUGGUAUGACCUGCGAUACCCCGGCGAGGCGGUGGACAGCCCGUAUUACCCCGUAGAGUUGCUUCAGCUCCAGUACUUCUACGAAGAUUGUUCUGACGGGGUCUACGAGGAGCUCAGCUCCGAGGCAGAGACAGAGUAA